AUGGUCAUCGAUGGCUUGCAGGAUUUCCAGCAUGCGCGGUAUGCUUGGCCUCAUCCUGUGUGCAUCAUCGGUGGUGGCUUCUAUGGGGUGAAGAUGGCGAUGGAGUACAUGCUGCACAAGAACGAAAACAUCAUGCUCUUCGACCGUCACAAGGACGCCGGAGGCGAUGCCUGGCUCUACUCGGCCACCAAGUAUUCCAGGUGCCAGACAGACUUCGGCGCCUUCAACAUCUGGUGGGGUCAUCAGUUCAACUUCAGCGGCGACGGCGGCUAUGGGUCUAACCCCACCAAUGGCGGUCGCGCCAAGUACACCAAAUCCUUCGACGGCCCAGGAGCUCCGGAGGGAGGCUCCGGCGCAGGCACUGGAGCCAUGGGACAAAGCGCAUCUGGGAAAGCUUCUGCGAUAGACCUGCCAUCAGGCAUCAGGGCAGACAGGGACUGCAAAUUUGGGUCCAGUUGCUCAGUGAAUGGCCGAGUGGUGGCAGUGCCUUUUCAUGCUGAGAAGAUUCUUGCGGUGGAUCCUACUUCUCAGGAGGCUUUUGCCAUAGACCUGCCAUCAGGCAUCAGGGCAGACUGGGACUACAAAUUUUGGUCCAGUUGCUCAGUGAAUGGCCGAGUGGUGGCAGUGCCUCUUCGUGCUGAGAAGAUUCUUGUGGUGGAUCCUACUUCUCGCGCUUUUGCCAUAGACCUGCCAGCAGGCAUCAGGGCAGACAGGGGCCACAAAUUUUGGUCCAGUUGCUCAGUGAAUGGCCGAGUGGUGGCAGUGCCUUCUCAUGCUGAGAAGAUCCUUGUGGUGGAUCCUACUUCUCGCGAGUCUUUUGCCAUGGACCUGCCAUCAGGCAUCAGGGCAGACAGGAACUACAAAUUUUGGUCCAGUUGCUCAGUGAAUGGCCGAGUGGUGGCAGUGCCUUAUGAUGCUGAGAAGAUUCUGGUGGUGGAUCCUACUUCUCGCGAGGCUUUUGCCAUAGACCUGCCAUCAGGCAUCAGGGCAGACAGGGGCCAGAAAUUUGCAUCUGGUUGCUCAGUGAAUGGCCGAGUGGUGGCAGUGCCUUCUCAUGCUGAGAAGAUCCUUGUGGUGGAUCCUACUUCUCGCGAGUCUUUUGCCAUGGACCUGCCAUCAGGCAUCAGGGCAGACAGGAACUACAAAUUUUGGUCCAGUUGCUCAGUGAAUGGCCGAGUGGUGGCAGUGCCUUAUGAUGCUGAGAAGAUUCUGGUGGUGGAUCCUACUUCUCGCGAGGCUUUUGCCAUAGACCUGCCAUCAGGCAUCAGGGCAGACAGGGGCCAGAAAUUUGCAUCUGGUUGCUCAGUGAAUGGCCGAGUGGUGGCAGUGCCUUCUCAUGCUGAGAAGAUCCUUGUGGUGGAUCCUACUUCUCGCGAGUCUUUUGCCAUGGACCUGCCAGCAGGCAUCAGGGCAGACAGGAACUACAAACUUUGGUCCAGUUGCUCAGUGAAUGGCCGAGUGGUGGCAUUUGCUGAGUUGGUGGCAUGUAUGCUGAGCUCAUGGGUCUACACUGACGACCCAGAACCGUCCCAGAUGGCGCAUGCAGCCUUCGAAGUCCACGCUGUGAUUCAGCCUGGCGAUUUGGGAAGAUCCGUGAAAAUAGCCAGUGUCACUGCCGCAUUGCCGCUUGGCAAGGUAUUGUUUAUCGUGUUCAAGGGCACUUCUUACAUACUCGAUGUCUUGAGUUGGAAUUUGGAACAUGAUUAUGAGAUUACAGGUGAAGCAGAUUUUUUUGCUCAUGGUGGCACCGCUAGCACGAUCAGGAACACCAAAUUCUUGAAAUCAGAAGCCUUUUUGAAUCACCUGAUGGCUGUGCGCGAGCAAGGUGUGACGCGGGUUGUUUUUGCUGGCCACUCUUUGGGAGGCAUGUAUGCCCAGAUGUGUUUGUUCUUGACAUGGGAAGAAGUUAGCAGAGGCAGCGGCACUUUGAGUGAAAUCCUGUCUUCCAUGGACUUGCAGAGUUUCGGUUUUGGUGCUCCCAUGGUGUUUGGGGGUAACUCCCAGAAAUUGAGGCAGUUCAAGGAUUUUGCAAGAGAUCGUGCUGUCAACUACAUACUUGCCAACGAUCCAUGCGCGCGGGCAUGGGGUGCACUAAACCUGCGGCACUUUGUCCAGCAAGCAACACUAGCUGUGAAGCCAGGACUGCAAGACACCUUUGGCAGACUGCAGGGCACGUUGGCAUCCAAAGCUGUGGAAGCAACGGCAACAGCACUCUUGGAGAGGCCUGAUUUCCGGACAGUACAAGACUUGGCCCGCAAGUACGAGCAUGUGGUGCCUUUGCGGGUAUUGAGCACAAGCAGACAGCAUUUUCAUUGGAAAGAGUUCAUCCUGACGCCGGAGUGUUUUGAGGAUCACUCCAGUGAAUCUUACGUGAAUAAGUUGUUUGAUGCAUUUGAUUCCAGUGUGGACUACCAUCCUGUGAGGCAACAGAUCUUGGAUUCUAUGCGCUAUGCCCUGGAAGAGUACAACUUCAGAAAGUACUGCACCUUCGCCACGGAGGUGGCCUCCCUGAAGAUCGUGGGCGAUCCUGAGGCGGACGAUCGAUACUAUGAGCUGGGUCUUCGCAAGCUGGAUUCGGACCAUGCCGUGGAGCUGCCGAAGGGCGGAUACAACGCAUACAGCACCGAGAAUGGCGGCGUCGCCUCCACUGUGAAGACCUCGGUGGUCUAUCACUUCCCAGGUGCAUAUGAGAUUAACCGCAUCAUCGACUAUCCAGGUGAAGAUGAAUUCAUUGCGGCAGGCGGACAGGUCGGUUACGGAAUGGGCAACGGACAAGGUGGCGCCUUCUGCUGGGACGACGGCCGCAUGAAGGAUGGACGUUGCGCCAUUUUGGGCAACGGUGCCUUUGCGGUGGAGAACGUCCGAAGUUGCGUGGAGAAUGCUGCAGCCAAAGUUUACAUCAUCACCCGAAGGAAGAGCCUUUUGUGUCCACGCCUUCCUUGCUGGUUCUGCCAUCAAGGCCCUGAACCGACUCCAGCCUGGAUGUUGCUGAAUCAGUUCAAGCCCAUGUAUGCCUUGGGAGGCUUGGAAGACCCCUACAAGUUCUAUGCCGUUCAGAUGGGCAACGACCCACACGAUGUGGGCAUCAAGCAAAGCAGCCGUUUCGGCAUCGGAGAUGUGACCUUCUUGUGCUUGGCCUAUGGCUUACUGGAGUACCGAGUUGAUACACUGGCGCGAUGCAGUGCGAAGACCUUGCAUCUCACGAGUGGUGAAAAGCUGGAGGACAUGGGCCACAUCUGCAAAGCGCUCGGCCUCAUCGGCGACCCGCGCGUGGAUAAGUUACAUGCCAUGACCCACAAAGUGGGCUCCAUGAUCAACGGGGACUUCAGGCGUGUGCUGGCGGCCGAUGCCACCGGCAUGGACGCGCGGCGCUUCACCACCUUCUCCGCUGGCCCGGGCGCCUGCGGCAUGGUGAAGCAGUGGUACUUCCUGCACAACCACCCUUGGCUGUUCAAGGAAGCUUGCGACUUUUCUGCAACAUUUCUUUGGUGA